GAUUUCAGAAGGCAAUGGUGAAAACUAUGAAUGCUGCUUUGAAAAUUCCUCACUUCGGUUAUUGCGAUGAGGUUGACCUCACUCAGCUCAUCCAGCUGAGAGAAGACUUGAAACCUUUCGCAAAAGAUCGGGGGAUCAAACUCACUUUUAUGCCCUUCUUUUUAAAGGCUGCUUCUCUAGCCUUAUUACAUUAUCCCGUUCUUAAUGCUUCCGUGGAUGAAAACUGCCAAAACAUCACAUACAAGGCUUCUCACAAUAUUGGAAUUGCCAUGGACACAGGACAAGGCUUGCUCGUCCCUAAUGUGAAAAAUGUCCAGGCUUGUAGUGUGUUUGAAGUUGCUUCAGAACUAAAUCGCCUUCAAAAAUUGGGCUCAGCUAACCAGCUGGGAACAAAUGACCUCACAGGAGGAACAUUCACACUUUCCAACAUUGGCACAAUUGGGGGCACUUAUGCAAAACCUGUGAUCCUUCCUCCUGAAGUAGCUAUUGGUGCUCUGGGAAAAAUACAGGCCCUUCCUCGAUUUAACAGUAAAGGUGUGGUAUUUAAAGUACAAAUAAUGAAUGUGAGCUGGUCAGCUGAUCAUAGAAUCAUUGACGGUGCAACCAUGUCUCGAUUCUCUAACUUGUGGAAAUCUUACUUGGAGAAUCCUGCUUCCAUGCUGAUGGAUCUCAAGUAAAGAAGACAAACAUCUGGAUGGCUUAUUUUAAUUCCAAAAGUGCAAUCAGGCUACUUAAGCUAGCAAGUGCCAUUAAAACUGACUUCAUAUUUCAGAACUGCAUUGCGUUUGCUGGAGCUUUCAGAUCCUGGCUCUGUGUCUUGAUUAUCUGUUACAUUUUUGUCUAGUUGAAUUGCUUAGUGGUAAAUUAUUUGCCUAGAAGUUGUAAUGGGUCAUGGUAUGACUCCUUCACAAGGUGGCGGAAACCUAUGUUGGCAAAAGAGUGCUAUAUUCCAUUUUUACACUAUUAUCAGAUGGAGGCCGCUAAUAAUAUUUAUGGGACUCUAAAACUUCUUGCACCAUUCACAAAAUAAACUGCGACCUGAUUAGAAAUGAAAAUCCCUGGAUGAAAACAGUAACCGAAUGUUAACUAUUUUUUAAGCAAUUAAUUCACUACAGAUGAUUUUCAAAUAAAAUGUUUUAACGAUUAUUCUAUUAAAGAUGCAAAGGUUCCAUUUUUUGAUAGUGCUAACUGUCCUCUUUUUAAAAUAUUCUUUUCAAAUAUUCAAGUUUUGUAGCAGACAUUCUUCAUUACUGAAAUGAAUAUGUACACUAGAAGAACGGCAAACUCUGGACCAUGGAUACUCUUCCCCCCCCCCCCAACUCCAAUUUGGAGCUGGCUUUUACAGCAUAGAAGUAACACUAGGCAUAUAUAAGAUCCAAGAUUGUAUUAAGCAUUUCUGUAAUGUCUGAAACGGCUCUCGGUUAAUGUGGAGAUCUUUGAAAUGUCUAAUAGUAGUUUGCAAACCAUUGUUUUUCAAACUUGGCAACUUUUAAGACGUGUGGAUUUCAAUUCUUGAAGUCCGCACAUCUUAAAGUUGCCAAGUUUGAAUAACAAGGUUGUAAACUCCCAUUUUCAUAGACAAAAGACUUGCUAUGGAGCCAUAGAUGGUUCCACCACAAAACCACGCUCGACUAAACCGCGCCCGACUAAACCGCGUCGCUGACGUCAUCAA